UAUCCUCCUCCCUCGGCGGUGUUCCUCGUCCCCCCUUGCUAAAACGCACCAGCACCACCGCUUCCCGGCGUGAUCGCGCUCUCCCGUCCUCAACCCCGAUCACCACCGACAAAACAAGACCCGUCCUCCAUUGCCACCGCCCCGUGGGUCCCACGUGCAUACUCACGCCAGGAACAGCCACUAGAUUACCUCCGAUUAGAUUCGAAACCUCAAGAUUAAGGAUUACCCUCUCUCUCUCUCUCCCAACUUUGCCAUCUUUAGUUCCAGCCCCCACCUCUUCUUCUGCCCCCCUCCAUUAAAUCCCGCACGCGGACGCGGCUCCUCCGCCCCCAUCAUUCCCCCCCUUCCCCACCGCCCAGAUCCAACCCCGGGAGGGAAGAAGCCAACAAAGGCCAUCCAUGACGGUGUCCCCGCUGCUGCCGCCGUCGGGGUCGCCGUUCCGCGUCUUCGUCGGCUACGACCCGCGGGAGCACGAGGCGUACGAGGUGUGCCGCCGCAGCCUGCUCCGCCACGCCACCGUGCCGCUCGACGUGCGCCCCGUCCGCCAGCCCGACCUCCGCGCCGCCGGCCUCUACUGGCGCGCCAGGGGCCCCACGGAGAGCACCGAGUUCUCCUUCACCCGCUUCCUCACCCCUUACCUCGCCGGCUACCGCGGCUGGGCGCUCUUCGUCGACUGCGACUUCCUCUACCUCGCCGACGUCGCCGAGCUCCUCGCCUCCGCCGUCCCCGCCUCCGCCGACGACCCGGCCGCCGCCGCAGACCGGCUCGCCGUCGUCUGCGUCAAGCACGAGUACGCGCCCGCCGAGGCCACCAAGAUGGACGGCGCCAUCCAGACCGUCUACCCGCGCAAGAACUGGUCCUCCAUGGUGCUCUACAACUGCGCGCACCCCAAGAACGUCGCCGCGCUCACCCCGGAAGCCGUCAGCACCCAGACCGGCGCCUUCCUCCACCGCUUCUCCUGGCUCGACGACGACGAGAUCGGGGAGGUGCCAUUCGCCUGGAACUUCCUCGUCGGGCACAACAAGGUCGACCCCGCCGACCCGGCCACGCAACCCAAGGCCCUGCACUACACCUGCGGCGGACCCUGGUUCGAGAGGUACAAGGACUGCGACUUCGCGGACCUCUGGAUCAAGGAAGCCGAGGGGCUCAGGGCCGACAAGGAGAGGCUCAAGGCCUUGGGCGACUUGCAGCUCCAGGACGGCGACGAGGGCGACAAGAAGGGUGAUUGAUCGAUCGAUCGAUGAAUGAAGUUUGAUUGCUGCAUUGUAGUUAUUGCAUUGGUUCUUUCACGGCGCUGGAAUUCUUUCGGUUCGGUUCGAUUCGAUUCUGCCCAGGCACGUAUGUAGCUUCUGUUACUGAUACGAUGUUGGUUUAGGGUGGUAAAAGAGAGAGGCCUUGAGUAGAUGUAGCUCAGGUAUAUUGGUUGUAUGUUCUUGCGUAGUAGUUGCAGUCGCUCUAUUGAAUCAAAUGAAUGAAAUGAAUCCUAGUUGCCCAACUGAUUUAAUUCAUCUUGUCUUUUGGCCUUGCGCCUGUC